UCUCCACAUCAUGGCGGCAAAAUACUUGGACGAAAUACUCUGAACACCAGUGACUGCAGUUGGGGUCCAAUUGGGGUCCUCUCACAGAGUGAGGCCACGCAAUCAUAAAGAUCAAACAGUAGUGGUCGGACGAAUGUUGGGUCUGUAGCAAGGGCUGUCACGACAAAGAGAAUAAUCUUACUUCUUCAAUGUUGUGAUAAGCAGACCGACAAUCGGAUAUGCAUACACCACCAGUCAGCAGAGGCUGGCCCUUCCGUCGGAUGUUGUGGCUUUUGUAAGAUGCCUGACCCAAACAAGUCAGGCGCGAAACGCUGGUUUCCGCAAUCUGACGACCCCUCCUGCAAUUGUCAAGAUUUGCGCCUCUUGAAGCGUCUAGCGAAGGAGUCGUCUUACGAAGAGGAAUUCUACAAACCACCCUGGAAGACGACUGCUAAGGAAGUUUGUCGAGAUCCAUUAGGGAUGGAGAGCGGAGCCAUUCCUACCAUUAGUCUGUCAGUCUCUCAAGCUGGUCGUGUUGGUUAUGGUAAAGAGAGAUCUCGGCUGAACAUCAACGGUGCUUGGUGUCCCGACCCAAUAAACACAAAUCAAUGGAUCCGCGUAGACUUAGGAAACAAAAUCACGGUCAGCGGACUCAUCACACAGGGACGGCACUUCAGUAAUGUUUGGACCAAAUCAUACCGAGUGCAAUACAGCGCUGACGGAGUAAACUGGAACUACAUCACGGCCAGUGGAGGACCUAAAGUGUUUCAGGGUAACACUGACAACGAAUCUCAGGUCACUGUCUUAUUCCCGGAGCCUCUGCAAACACGUUACGUCCAAAUUGAGCCCCAGAGCUGGCAAAGGUAUAUUUGCAUCCGGUUUGAGCUGCUGGGCUGUAGAGCCUAAAAGCAGACGGGAUGCGUCGAAUGCUAUGACACCAGGCCAAGGGGACGAGGAUGACUUGACCCAGAAUUUAAUCUUGACAAUUGUUAAAAUUAUUUCUGGUAUUAGUAAAAAUUAACCUUCAUGGUAGGCCCCCUAAUAUAUACCUUGUUUAUCCGAGUAUUAAUAAUUAUAGUCAC